AUGAUUUUGCAUUUACAGGUAGGGGGCCAUGGCUGUAAACAAUACAGUUCUCCUCCCUGUCAGCUUGUGCACACUGCUUUGGAUGGCUGUGCACAGAACAGCCAUCCAAAGCAGUGUGAUUACAGUGAAACACAGACACAAGUAAAACAGCACACAGUUAACCCUUUGAUUGCCCCUCAUGUUAAUCCCUUCCUGCCAAGUCCCAUUAGUACAGUGUCAGUGCUUUUUUUUUAGUACUGAUCACUGUAUUGGUGUCACUGGGGAUGUCAGUGACACCAAGUCAGUUCCCCCUAGUGUCCCCCUAGUGUCGGAAUACCCGCUGCAGUCCCGCUAUAA